AUGGCAAGCGACGACGACGCUACGAUAAGAGAAGGAGAAGAUUGUGUUGUAGACGAAGGGACUGGGAAGGGAUUCGAUUUGGUCAUCCUCAUAGUCUUCACAAAAUCGAUCCAUAAGGGACAUCGGCCACCACAACAUCGAAAAUGUUUGCAAGUCAGCAUACUCAUCAAAAAACGAUAUUGCAAGGAACAAACAAAUCAUGUCGUUCCUGGAAAAGUUUUGAAACUUGAACCAAAAUUUGAGGAGGCGUUAGCACAUCAACAAGUUGCAGAUAAUUUGAAAGACAGACGAGAAGGUGAAGAGGACUUCAAGGUUGCAGAUAAUUUGAAAGACAGACGAGAAGGUGAAGAGGACUUCAAGGUGAAAACUAUGGAACAUAUGAAGAUCCCAUUAAAAGAUAUAAAGUUGGUUCAUUUCCAAAGGUCUAAAGAUGACCCAGAAUUUCUGCUCAAGAUGGCUAAACGUUGCUUCGAGAAAAAAAUUAUCAAUGAGAUUAUCGACUCGAAGUUCAAGAAAGAAUUCGAGAAAUCCGGCUCUUCCAUUCUAGAUGACGAAACCUGCCCAGAUUCCAUAAAGAUAUAUGCAUCAAUUGCAUAUAAAUGUUGCAAUGAAAAACGAGAGGAUCGUCCUAUAAUAGCUGAAGUCGUGAAAGAACUUGAGAAAGCAUUGAAGUCUCAUGUAAACCGGGUGGAGGCCUUUAGAAUAACACUUGGCGACAUUAGGUCUGCUACAAAUGACUUCCGUGAUAAAAUAGAGCAAGGACCAGCAGGUGAGGUGUACUGUGGAGAACUUCAUCAUGCUGAGACAGAACAUAUGAUUCAUGGCACUUUAGGUUAUCUUGAUCCACUCUAUGCGACCACAAGUUCCCUUACACAAGAAUCGGACGUUUAUUCUUUUGGUGUGAUUUUAUUUGAAAUCUUAUCUGGGAGAUUGGCAAAUGAAAGGAUUGAAAUUGAUCAGCAACAGCCACUUCUUGAAGUUCCAAACGUUGAACUUCAACUAAACAGUGCAAGUGGUACAGGCAACGACAACGAGCCAGUGGCUUUUCUUGCAAAUUGGGCAUCAAAAUGUUUCAAAAACAAAAAAAUAGAAGAUAUUAUCUUUCAUGCUAUAAAGAAAGAAAUUGACCCAAUGUCUUUGGUGAUAUUUUCAACGAUUGCGUAUCAAUGCUUGAUGGAACAACGGACUGACCGCCCAACAAUGACUAAGGUUGUAGAAGAACUUGAAAAAGCCCUUGAUUGCCAAGAUGAGUGGGAAUGGGAGCAAAAAUUACCUACAGAUUAUAAAGAAAUAAUCCAGAUGUCAAAACGUCCGGUGGCCUCUACAAUCAGAAAGAAGGAUAUCCAUUCCCUCAUGUCUUCGGGAAUGCUACUUCACAAUGAAAAAUGGUUUUCAAUAAGCAUGGACGGAGCAAGAAAUGAAAUGGCAUCUGCAAAAACAUUUUCAUACGGCGAUGUUUCUUCUGUGAAGUGGAAAUCGCUACAAAAGUCAAGAUUCCCAAAGGUCGCAAGGAUACCUGAUAUCUCAAAUCUCAAUAUCGAAAUUAAGAUAAAAACUCAAUUUCUAACUCCAGAGAUGAUGUAUGGAGCUUACCUAGUGUUCAAGUUUUGUGAUAAAAGAAAGGUUUCUAGCAGGCCGUUAUACGUGAACCUAAAAUAUAUGAUGGCAGGUGAGACCUUAAGUGCAUAUUUUGCAGAGUGGGAAGUUGGAACCGAGUGGUUGAAAGUCAAACUGUUCCAAUUUUCGAGUAAUAAUGGAAGUAUCGAUGUUGAGAUUCUACUAGAAAGCUUGUCUCAGUAUUAUUGUGGCAGAGGGGCCAUAUAUAUUGAAGGCAUAGAGUUUCAGGCCAUUCGAAGUGUUGAUUUUGAACACAAUAACGAAUUGAAGGAUGGAACAAACAGUGAAGGAGUUUUGAAUACACAGUUGGACAUGGACUGGGUGGAAAAAAUGUUAUAUCAUUACGAAAAAAUUAUCAGGAGGUAUGGGAAGAAUGUCCAUGUUGCCAAUGGAAUUGAUAAUAAAGAGGUGAUUUAUCGCCUUCUUUCUGAGGGAAUUCAUAUUGACAAGGGUGAAAAGUUUUUCUCACUAAGCAAAGCGAUGAAGAAUUGCCACAUGCUAACGGCAUCAUCAGUUAUAUACAAUUCCUUAAACUUAAAGUUCAGCAAGCCUCCAACUGGAUUAAGGUGCAGAUUUGCAAAGGUUGCAAAAAUUCUGUCUCACCAGGAUUUCCGUAUCAAAUGUGACAUAGAGACACAAAUGCUCUCAUCAGAUACAACCUACGCUUGUUUCCUUGUGUUCAAACUUUCAAAAAAAUGCCGUGGUCUUAAGUGCCCAGUGAAGACUCGUGAUUUAGUACCCCAUAGAAAGGAAAGAACCAAAAUCAUUUCUUUCAGGUACCCAAGCACAGUGAAUUUGGACAAAAUCAAAUGGAUUCCAAAACAGAGAGAAGAUGGAUGGAUGGAGGUUAUAGUGUGGGAAACUAUCUUUGAUAACACCCAUAAUGAUGAGUAUAUUCCUAUGGAUUUGAAACUGACAUGUUUUGAAGGAAAUAUGUCUGGUCUUAUUGUGUAUGGAAUUGAGUUCCGUCCUAUAGCAUAAGUGUAUAUUAAGUAAAAUUUAUACAUGCUGUUCUAAGUGUAUAGUAACUGUUAUUACAUCUUUUGUACUUUUAUAUUAACUUAAAGGCUCAAUAGAAGAUAUUGCCCC